UGCACUGCACGUGAUCUAACGCGCCUUGUCCUUGUCGACGUCCCGUUCUGCAUUCUCUAUUCUUGUGUCGAAUCCACCUUCCCCUCGGGCUUCCUUUUCUCUUUCAACAACGUGGAAUAGUGACCCGUCGGGCCAGAUGGAGACUAUCAGCCGCCUCCGGGUCCUGCUCAUGCGUGCCUUCGCCGGCGAAGGGGGCGAGGAAGUGAUGGACGAGUUGAUGGCACACAAGACGUGUCUCCUGAACCUGUUUGAAGUAGGUGGGAGGAGCGCUGCGGAGCAGAAAGAGCUAGAGGGCGGCAAAACAACAUUACCUUCCGGCCAUACUCUGAGCGUCAAUGCCGACUUCACGCGCCAGGCCCUCUUCGUCUCCCAGCAGCUGGAAGUUUCGGAACGCUACAUCGCAGGUAUUCUACACGCGCUGACUGUCUCCUCACCGCACCUGCAUACCCAGCCUGUCCAGUGCGUGGAGGGCGCAAUCGACGAGUACCAUCUGCGCCGACGGCACCUUGCUGAUUCGCUUGUGUACCUGCUGCAGGCGACCGAGGCCGUUUCCCGAGGGGAGGCAGAGGGAAAUAUCAUCUUUCAGCGCGCGGCGGAGUUUGUAUACUUCGAUCUAUUUUCAACGGAGGGUGGAUUGGCACCCAAGAUCAUAAAAGAGCUGCAGAAUCUUGGGGUCCUGGUGGCUAAAGCAGAAGCCGCAAAGAAAAAUGCGAGAACUGGAACCAUCCCCCCAACCGGGCAGACUGGAGUUGUCCCCGCGCUCGGGGCCACCGUCUUCCAGGGACAUUCCGAAUCUCUGCAAUACGAACGACGGCAGCUCGGGGCUACCCUUCCACUUCUGGCCCGUCUCGGAUUGCUCAGCUCUGCAGACGUCGAAGCAAUCGUGCAAUGGCUCGUGGGCAACCCUAACCAACCUUUGACAUUCUAUCUGCUGACAGCUGUCUUCAACGCACUGGACCCAGUGGACCCAGAAUACGAACCCGAUACGAAACGGGCUGGACUGGCCACCCAAAUGGUGGCAUGGAUGACAAGGAAAUUGUCGCCGACAAACCAGGAAUGGAAAGAAGCAGGCCUCAAAUCCGCAGUGCUGCUAAAGUGGACAUUGUUUGUAACCGACGCUCGACAUCGCAGUCCGGAUCUGGAAACCAAGGCCGGAUUCAAGACCGAGGAACUGGAAACACAGAUUUGGAAUGCAAUCCAGGGAGAUGCGCUAACGUAUUUGCUGAUGGCGCUGGCACAGCUGUAUCGAUCCUCCCCUCUUCUGCCCUCCAUUGUGCGCUCUCUUCCGCCACUGAACACAGAGCAGACUGAGUGGCGGGAACUUCCGGCACCCGAAUUUCUCCAGAGCGUAUACGAUGCGUUCGAGGUGCUCGUCCGGAGUCUGAUCCUGCAUGCGUCAUCUGAGCUGCGCAAAAUCAAACAGCGGCAGGAGGACAUCGUAUUAGCGUCGAGGGG